AGGAGCUGUGUCCGUUGUCGUCGAUGAGCAACAAGUUUAGUCCCCACAGCAUCACGACCGUUGAUUUAUUUUCUGUCCUUUAGCUAGCGGUGAUGAUGUAUUUUAUUUAUUAAAUUAUUUUCUCUCUCAAAAAUUUCUUAGGCAUACUUGGUUGACUUAAGACUUUCCAAUAGUGUUACUUCUUCUUCUUCUCCUUCUUCGGUCUUCAUUCUUCAGUCUAUAAACCUCUGGCGUCGUCUCAACGCACCUAAAACCCUAACCUUCAAUCCUCUUCGAUCAUGGAAUGUAUGGAAGACUCGAUCAAAUCCAACGCCCUUCAUAUCGAUGAAAACGGCAUCGUCGCCGGUUCCUUCUUCGACAGGUUUGUCAAAGAAGAAGACGAAGAACAGAGCGAAGCAGGGGUAAACUAUGUGAUCCUCAACGAAGCUGAGAUAAGGCAGCGCCAAGAAGAUGAUAUUCUAAGGGUUUCCACUGCGCUUUCUGAGUCAAGAGCCGCCGCGAUCGUCUUGCUCCGCCACUUCAACUGGAAUCUCAGUAAGCUGUUCGACCAUUGGUUCGACGACGAAGACCAAGUCCGAAACGUAGUUGGCCUCUAUCGAACCCCGAUCGUCCUUCAAAUUAUGUCCGAUCAUCCGAUCGCUUGCGGAAUUUGCUUUGAAAUAUGUAACAAUAUUACUAAUAGUACAGUCUGGGCUUCUUGUGGUCACCCAUUUUGCAGGGACUGCUAUGGAGGUUACAUUUCCAAGUCGAUAAACGAUGAAGGACCGGGAUGUUUGUUUCUGAGGUGUCCUGACCCAUCCUGCUCAGCCGCCGUCGGCGAGGACAUGAUCGGAAUGUUGAUCAUGGACAACUCCACCAAGUUGAAGUACUCGCGGUACCUUUUGCGGUCUUAUGUGGAAGACAGUUACAGGAGGAGGAAGAUCAAAUGGUGUCCUGCUCCAGACUGCGAUUACGCCGUUGAUUUUUUCGACUUCAUCGGGAAUUGUCGCACGGGUUUCGAUGUUCAUUGCCGAUGCUCCUUCAAUUUCUGCUGGAACUGUAACGAGGAAGCUCACCGGCCGGUGGAUUGCGACACGGUGGCGAAGUGGAACAUGAAGAACAAGGACGAGUCGGAGAAUGCGAAUUGGAUUCUAGUCAAUACCAAGUCUUGUCCCCAGUGCAAGCGGCUAAUCGAGAAGGACCAUGGAUGUAACCACAUGAGGUGUGCACCUCCAUGCAGAUAUGAAUUUUGUUGGCAUUGUCUUGGUGAAUGGUCGUCGAAAUCUUUCCAUUCUUGCAACAAAUACUUGUCAGAGGCUGUGUCUGAAGCCGAUGAGACGGAGAUCAAAAGGAGAGAGGUGGUGAAGGCGUCGUUGCUUAAAUACACUCAUUACUAUAACCGUUGGGCAGCCAAUUUAAGAUCGAGGCAGAAAGCUUUGGAGGCCAUACGCGUAGUGCAAGCUGAAUAUUUGGAUAGGCUUAGUUUCGUGUAUGGCCAAGAGAAGCCACUUCUGAGGUUCAUAACAGAGGCCUGGCAACAGAUUAUAAGAUGCAGACGAGUGCUGCAAUGGACUUAUGCAUACGGGUAUUACUUCCCUCAGCAUCAAUGGGCCAAAAAGCAGUUUUUUGAGUACUUGCAGGGUGAAGCAGAGUUCAGCUUGGAGAGGCUUCAUUACUGUGCUGAGAAGGAGCUAGUGAAGUAUCUUGAUGGUGAAGGUUCGGUUCAGGAUUUCAUGGACUAUCGUUUGAAGCUAGCUGAACUGACCUCUGUAAUUGGGAACUACUUUAAGAACUUGGUUAGAGCUUUGGAAGAUGGUCUAUCGGAGGUGGAGUCUAAUGGGACUUACUGGUCCUGUGAGCUAUGCAGCUUCAUGAAUUCCUUGCCUACCAAAAGAUGCCAGAUGUGCCACAAUUUUCCAAUGACCAUCAACUUAUAAUAAUCUCUUUUUGGGCAGGAGGAGCCGUUGUGGUUGUGGUUGUGGUGGUAGUGGUAGUGGUAGUGGUGCAGUGCAUGGGGACUAACUUUUAAAUAAUUGAGAGGCCAGACUGUUUAGAGUGAAUAUUUAUUGCUUGUGUUGCUUCUAGUUAUCUCUUUUUAACUUGUUUAAAGUCGAGGAGUUGCCCAUGUCUACAUCGCGUAUCUUUGUAUGUACGUUACUAGAAGCAUUAUAUGUAUGAUGAUGUAUCGAACUGAAGUUGAAGUUGAA